AUGGCAAGACGACUAACCCGGAGUUCCCAAGACACUCCCACUAAUGAACCAACCGACCAUAACCAAACCAUCCAUAACCUCUCGAACCUUAUUCGAGAACAAGCCCAAAACCACCAAAGACAAAUUGACCAACUUCUCCGACGAAACCAUCCUCCUCCGCCUCCUCCUGAAGCAGCACCUCACGCGAUUUACGAACAAUUCCUCAAAAUGAACCCCUCUGAAUUUCAUGGUGGAACCGAUCCGACGAUAGCCGAAGAAUGGGUCAAAUCCCUAGAAGUAAUCUACGACUACAUGCAAAUGGCCGAUCGUGAUCGUGUGAAAUGCGCUCUUUUCCUACUUCGAAAUGAAGCUCGUCACUGGUGGGAAGGAGUCAAAGAAGGAGUCGACCUCGACACUAUACAAUGCACCGACUUCAAACUACAAUUCUUAGAAAAAUAUUUUUCCAAAGACGCACGUGCCCACAAACUGAAGGAAUUUCUAGAACUUCGUCAAGGUGAACCGCCGAUGCUCGAAUACAUCCCUCGCUUCGAACGUGGCUGUCUCUACGCCCCAUUCAUCGCUCGAGAUCCCGAAGAGAAAAAGAAUCACUUCAUCCGUGGCCUACAACCUGAAAUCCGACGAGAUAUCCGUAUGUCCGACGCCUCGACUUUCAGACAACUAGUGGACAAAGCCCUGAUGGCAGCCCAAGACGAAAAGGAGAUCCAACAGAACCGUCGAUCUCAAGGCACGAGUCAACGCCCAUGGAAGAAGGCUAACUUCGGCAACCACAAAUUCAAGGGCAUCCGAAGCCAACCAUCGAAUCAAUCUGGACUCCCACAGCCGCCCAAACCAACUUGCCAACAAUGCGGGAAAUCACACUUUGGAGCUUGUGUACAAGGGACGAACAUGUGCUUCAGAUGUAGAAAGACCGGACACAUAGCAAGGGAUUGUCCGAACGCUCCGAAUCGUGCCCAAGGACGUGUGUUUGCUAUGACAAAGGAGCAGAUUGAUCAAGAUCCCUCAAUGAUAGCAGGUACUAUAUACAUUUUCGACGAACCUGUCUAUGCCUUAAUUGAUUCCGGUUCUACUCACUCUUUCAUAUCGGAGAAUAUGAUUACAAGCCUUAAGAUCAAACCUAGUCGCUUGAAUCACGACUAUAGUAUACUCAGUCCCUCUGGCGAAGAAAUGAUCCCGAACCUAGUACUGACCAACUGUUCAAUCCGAGUUCAUUCACAACCUAUGAAUUUCGACCUCAUUGUCCUGCCAAUCCUCAAUUUUAAUAUCAUUCUAGGAAUGGAUUGGUUAACCGAAUAUAAAGCCCAAAUUGACUGUGCUCCGAAAACAGUUAUUUUUCCUCUUCCAAACGGCCAAAUCUUAAAAUUCCAAAGCCAAGCCAAAACUUCGAUUCCAAUGAUCUCCGCCAUAAAAGUCGUCAAACUCAUUCAUAAAGGGCAUUUUGGCUAUCUAGUUGAUGCUGUGAAUCCCGAACCCGACGCCAAAUCAUUUUACAUCGAAGUUUUAUAUUAUAUAUAUUUACUGUCUACUUUUACUCAAACAUAUUGGUUGGCCCAGUGGUAA